CAGCUUCCGAUUGCCGUGGUGGAAACCUACGCUACAACGUGACCACGGUCCAGCUCUACAAACUAACUUCCAAUUUCGGAAAGUUUCACCGGCUAAACAUAUCUGAUGAACACUGGCUCCAUAUGUCCGUGGUUCUGAGCGCCCGUGAUACCAGAGUCGAAACAUUAAGACCAAUCUCCAGCGACAGGACCCAACAAGACGCCACAACAAAAAAAACAAGAAAAUGACUAGGCGUGACGGGAGGCUCGGGUCAUUAUUGCCCGCUAUGGCCCGGUUCUUUAUAUGGCCCGAUUCUUUAUAUGGCCCGGUUCUUUAUAUGGCUCGAUUCUUUAUAUGGUCCGGUUCCUUAUAUGGCUCGGUUCUCUAUAUGGAUCGGUUCUUUAUUGCACGCCACGGCUCUGUGACUCUGCGCGGGUUUCUAUUCUUCGGUGGCUUUCCAUGGUGGGUCGAGGAAUCGCCAACACAGGCAGAGCCUGGGAAGUCCUGUAUUACACUACUAUAUACCAUUUCCAUGGUGCUUGCGGUGGCGCCCAGGCAGCGGCGCCACGCCUCGCAUGUGUCGUGACCUGCCGAGAACCGGUCUUCCCCACGGAACCAGAGUGUGCCGUC